AUGAUGUACUUCUCUCAGAGACCCCAUCAAACACCCAAUCGGCCUCAUCCCUUCGUGCAAAACACCUUGUUUGAUGCACGGUCCAUUGCCAAACAAGAUUGGGAACAACAACGGCAAUCUUUUGAUCGGGAUUUUAAUUAUGGUGGGAUGAAUCAACAACAACAACAACAACCAAAUCCCUUCAUUACACUAGCCUAUCCAAGUCAGGAAUGGAUCUUGUUUCCUCAUUCUUUUGAUCAUCAGCAAAGCAAAUGGAAGAAUUUGGAAACGGUAGAUGAAAUUGCUCAAUUAACGGCCACUCAUGAAAUGCCUUCUCAAUUGAGAAUUUUGACUUUUAAUAUUUGGUUUGAUGCAUACAUGAUGAAGGAGCGAAUGGAUGGGUUGAUGAAUGAGAUCUUUCAGAGGACAUUCAAUGUUAAUAAUCACAAUUUUUCGAGUUCUUCAUCAUUUCAGACGAUCUCAAGUCCCAUUCCAGAUGUUUUGUGUUUCCAAGAAGUAACCACUCAAUCGUUGGAAAUGAUUGCACAACAUCCCAUCAUAAGAAACAAUUAUUACCUUUCUGAUUCACCAGAUGAUGCAUUUUGUUCUGUUUACCCCUAUGGAGUCUUGAUGGCUGUGAAAAAAACAUUGCCCAUCCGUAAACUGUUUUAUAAUACCUUACCUUCGAACAUGUAUCGAGCAGCACUAUCUGUUGAAAUUGGAAACUCUCAAAUGCAAUUUCAAAACAUGAUUGUUACAACCGUUCAUUUAGAAAGUUUAUCGAAUGCUGAUUUGCGGUUUCAACAGUUGGAUGUCAUUUCAAAUUUUCAAAUACCAUACUCACAAGCAAUCAUUUGUGGAGAUUUUAACUUCGACAGUGAAAGGAACUACGAUGAAAAUUAUUUGCCCUAUCUCGAAAAUAGUUACUUGACCUCAAAUGUUCAUUUGCGACAAUAUCAAGAUGUAUGGAAAUCAUUGAAAUAUCCCAACGAUUUAGGUAAAACCUUCGACACCAAAUCAAACGCCAUGUUAGCAAAAUACUCUCACGAAGUCAUGAGAUACGACCGGGUUUUAUUGAAAUCUUUAAUGGUACCAUCGCAACACACACAACUCAAGAAAUACUGGAAACCUAUUCAUAUUGAGCUACUUGGUACUAAGCCUAUUGCGUAUGAUCAAAAUCGCAAUCCUAUUUGUAUUUCCGAUCACUUUGGUAUUUUGACUAUCAUUGAAAAUGUACAAAUAGUUUGA